GAGUCAAGCCCAUAUACAAACUCAGACGGCAUAUGCUGUAUCACUGGCAGCUCUGCUUUGUGAGCAAAAGCAAACAUGUUCGACGAGGCUGUUUCAGCUAUAGGUAGGCCUCUCUGCCCUGAGAGAUGCACUCAAUACCCGGACGCCUGCAGUUCAUGCUCGUGAAAGACUGCCAAUAGUUAAUAAUUAUUUCAUGUUAUCAGAUGACAAAAUUCAUUACUGCGCCUUUCACGCUUCACACGUGCCAUGUAGUGCAUCAAUCUACUAAUACGCAAGCGGACUAUCAAUGUGACAAAAAAGGCGAAGUAAAAAAAAAAAGAGAACAGCCACUACUGAAUACAGUGAUAAGUCUUCGGAACCUGCUCCUCAGCUUUAAUGUGAAUAUGCUGGCGGAAAAAUGACAAGAACGAUGCUAGUUACUAACUCGUUUAUUAUAGACAGCGAGAGCAACACAAUUGUGCACUCAAUGGCACGUGGAAUCACAGGAGUCGGAUCCUAACGAGGUCUGUCCGUUGCAGAGCCUUGUUGUUGCAGGUGUUAAACCCAAUAGUCUUUUCUUUGUGAGGCAUUUGCCCUUCAUCAAAAAAAUAAAAAAGGACUUCAUUCUGCGCGGUACUGACCACUUAUGAACAGGAGAGACGUAAAAAAAAUAUGAAGCAAGAAACAUAUUGACGAACAGGCCGCGACCAACGGAAAACAGCGAGAGAGCAUCAAUCUAUCGCAGCCGCAGAGAUCUAUCGCAGCGUGCUAGGCUUCGCCUCCGAGAGAUGGCGUUAGGCUCCAGGCUGGCUCCAGUAGCGGUGACGGCGGACCCGGGACGCGUUUCCCUGGCAACGGGUCGGUGUCCGAUCCAUCCCGGGACGGGAGGGGGCCUGGCGCUUAUAAGAAGUCCAUGCGUGAACCGAGCACGUUGCCAGUCGUGUUCCGGUCGAGCACAGUGAAGGUGCGCCCAUGGAGCUCUCGCGCCCUACUCCUCGUCCGACGCUACCGGGACUCGGAGCCGACAGCCGCGCGUCUACGUCAACGCCAGUAUUACCCAAGAUGGACCACCAAAUGGCAUUUAUCCGAGGACUUGACACUUUGUAACGGCCACUGCGCGACUGUCUUGCGAAAGUUUCCAGAAAGUCAUCUACGGCUGCAGAUAUGCUCUCCCCGUUACUUUGGAACCACUCAUCGAAGAGGCGGAAGCCGUAGGACUGCAUGUCUAUAGCGUCAUAGGCGCAGCGCCACGUAAUCGCGUGCUGUAAAUUUACCAGAGAAAACGUUCCACCACGAGAGCGCCGCUACGCUUUCGGUCAGUGGUCCAGGGGCUACUAACUCGUGUGACUCUGACUGUGACAGCUUGUGAACGCAGCGACUCGAUCGCGUCCGACCCGCACGACGGUGCUCCUGCUCGUUGGCUGAGCGUUGCGACCACUGGAUAUCGCUCAGAGCUUAGUUUACGUGUUUUCACUAAAGAAGUUCCGUGAGCGUGCUCGUACUGAACUGUUUCGACGUUUUCUGCAAGCUGUGAUAUCCGUUACCUGACUGAACUGUUCAGAGCGCUACACACAUUACCAGCUGAUAAAGAGCGAAGUGACCGUCACGACUUGCGAAAGUGAUAAGAGGUGAAUCACGAAGGCGUACAAGAAGCCGCAUAGUGCUAUUGAAGGCUGGCCCCUUGCGUUCCUGACCAGGAGAAGCGAUGGAGCUGCACGUUGACCCGGAGCUGCCCGCUGUAAAUACGCACAUUGGCGCACUUGGAACCAACCUCACUGCCCAGAACCAAGCUCCAUUUUUGCCGAACUCCAUCCUAGGAGACGAGUCAUCCGGUACCUUGCGCUUUGUGCCGUCUGCAGAAGCCGCCGCCGCCGCUUCCGCAUCUAUAAGUGGCGUAGAGGGCGGCCAGUCGACGUCACCCACCUACAUCAGUCUAGAAGUGCACUACACGCUGAUUCUCAUCAUCAUGGUGUCAAGCGUCGCCGUCAACGGCCUCGUCUUCGUCCUCUUCUACCAGCGCCCGUCGGUGCGCAUGACGUCCAACAAGUUCGUCCUGAACAUGGCGAUAGUGCACCUCCUUCAAACUUUCAUUGUGCUGCCGUUCGUAUUCGUGUCAAUCAUGUUCCAGGAGUGGAUUUUCGGCGACAUUUGGUGCAAGAUACAUGGCACAGUGUCUGUAUGCCUAACCAUGGCCAGUGUCUUCUCAAUCCUGCUCAUAGCCGUCGAUCGGAACUGUGCUGUCAAUAGCCCACUGCACUACUCAAUGACCAUCACUAAGAAGCGCACGAGUGGGCUCAUCGUCUCAACGUGGGUCUUUGCCGUGCUCAUUUCGCUGCCACCACUCGUAGGAGUUUCGGAUAUACAGUACCAAGAAAGCUGGGCCAUGUGUACCGUCACAUGGUACGACACUGGUCUGCUUACCAUUUCUUACUCGUGUGUCCUCUGCGUCGUGGGCUUCCUGCUGCCUUUCGUCCGGAUCACGUGGAUCUACGCGUCCAUGUUUCGCGCCGCUCGACGCAACAGCGCUCGUGCCCGGCUUCACAACAUAAACACCAGUAGCAAUGAGAUGAGCCCGCCCUCGUCGGCGGGAUUGGACGGCGGAGGCCACCCACCUCUCUAUGUGCACAGGCGAGCGGCCUGGUCCAAACGAACGUCUUCGCUGAGCCAGGCGUCUUCGCUGUUCGGCGACGAGUGGAAAGCCGUGCGCACGGGCGUCCUGGUUGUGGUCUCUUUCACGGCUUGCUUCCUUCCAUUCUUCUCCAUGACCUUGGUGGAGCCACAUGCGCGAACACGCAAGACCGCCCUGAGGAACCUGCCAGCUAUCUCGAUGUUAUUCCUCUUCUGCUCCUCUCUCAUCAGUCCCUACCUGUACGUCAUCAGAAACAAGGCGAUGCGCAAGCAUGUCCGCAAGAUGUUCACCUGCUUAAAGCGCAAGCCAAGCUUCUUCUCUCCACGUGGCUACCACUACAGUCACCAGAGUCCUCCGCAGGAGCGAAAGUGCUCCGAAGACAUUAGGGUGCCCGGAAGCACAGCCUCUCUACGUUCUGGCGGCAGCGUGGACUACCAGAGGCCCUUGGUGACGCACUCCCUCUACCAGAACAAGUCGGGCGACUGGAGGAUUGUCAGCGUCACCACGGAGCCAAGGCGACCCCCUUCUCGCCGGUCGUCCCUUAUCUCGCAGCAGCCACUGUGCGUGGACGAUAUGGCACAACAGCAGCAGCAACUCCAGCAAGAGCAGUCGUACUACCACCACAAAUGCGGGCCCGGGCUACGCGGCGCUGCCAUCAGGAACGGCUUCUACAGGCGAGCCUCCCUUGACAGCUCCAAGAUCAUGUGUGCGCGAUAUCCUAGCGCGCUCGAGAGAGAUCCCGAAAUCACAUCCGUGAAGUCAACCAGUGGCUCAGGUGGUGAUCGGAGCAUGUCCUUCCGCAUUCGCGGCCGCUUCGCCAACCGGGAAGAGUCGACCGAGACGUGCGACACGUCCUGCAACAGCAGCUACAGUCAGGAGGAAUGGGGCCGACACUUCAUCGACUCCUCGCAGCACAGGAGAGCAAGCAAUGCUAGGCGAGAGUCACAGAGUAGCGUAUCUGCUAUAGUCGAAAGUGUCGAAGUAUACCCAACACCUCCUGCUUCUGACAGCAUCACGCAGAUACACCAUUACGGCAGCACUUCCUCCGCAUCGGCCGCUUCUGCAGCGGCUGGAUACACUUGCCGACCGGUCCUGAAACGUGGCCGCUCCUUCGCCUUUGACGAGCACGAAAUGAAUGUAGCCUUUCCCCCGCAAAGGAUUUCCCAGUCCGGGGGACUUCGGAAGUCCCGCUUUGCCGUGGCGAGGAACUCUCCAAAGCAUGGCUCCAGCGAUACCACUACUACCACACUGGAAUCGUUGACGUCGACGGAGUCGCAAGACCUUCCCAUCAUCGCGUCUCCUCGCGCCAUGUCACCCACGUCGAACGCACCGUACCACUAUCCGCCCACGCCAUUCAUGCACCCGCAUCAUCACUCAACGUCCCAUGGCUAUGGCUCAGCACCUCUUCCCUGCAGCAUAGCCCUUCAGCAGCAACAUCAGCACACCCAGUUGCCCACCGAGUGUCAGGAUCGAAGGGACUCUGGCUUUGAGGACACUAUGUUGGGGAGGUGUGACAUCUGUGAAACAAUUGUGAACGAAAGUGGCUCUAUCAAAGCAGUGAAGUUUGUAGAGCAAGUAUAGUUACUAUACAAAGAAAACUACUCUUUGGAUGCCGAAUUUUGGACACUGGUCUAAGUCAUUGAGACUAAGGCAAACCUCGCCUUAGAGAUGAAAUGUUGAGCUGGCGUCUGGUCAAUAGCGCCACGCAAAAUUUCCAGCCUGUCACAUGACACGUCUAUUCGCUGUGAAUGCCUAGCCAAACAUUUAAGGCCAACCGAAUUCAUGUUGCGGUGCAGCGGUAGCUGCAUAUCAGGUGUCAAGUCUUACGUGUUUACGGGAAACACCAAUCCCCAUCGCUAAGAAGCUGACAAAUAAAUUCAUAAAUGACUAUAUAGGUACUGACAAAUGAGAUAAUAAUUAUUUACGUGUUCAAGGCAGCAAGUUAAUUUUUUUCCAUAUUUUCAAGAUGUCAUAAUUAGCCGAGAAGAACAGGUAAAAUUCGGAAAUCCCCAAUAUAAACAGCUGUUUAUCACUAGUUCAAGCGUGACAGCAUAAAGUUCGUGUAUGCAGCUUCGCGACACCUGUUUAGAAGUACAGAUAAUGGUUAUGAAACAUUUUGGGCUUCAAAGAAGGGGUAUGUAAACCGUAUGGAUAAGCUUAGUUUCGCUUCAUUUCAUGGCGCGAACAAUCGCCAUGCGAAAGCGCUAUUUAAGAUGUACCACAACUUCCGAAAAGAGACAUUGAAAUGAACCAUCUAUGUUAUGGCUGUGGACGCGGGACUUCCACACCUUGAGACUCAUCCAUCGGACAGACCUGCAAGUUCCAAGAGGACCUAUGCGAUUGCGGGACAUUUUUUUACCGAAUUGUGAGAGUUAUAAUGCUGUGUAUAAACCUUGAUUGUUUCAGUACGGAACUCAAGAAGAACAUGAAAGCAAGUUCGCUUGGUCUGUCACAAUCCCGUAAUGCAUUUCAAGAGAUGAUGUGCCUAAAGCGCCCAGUGUAAAAUGCUACGUUGAUAAUAUUUGUUCAUAUUUUGCGAAGCUGUGCUACAAAGUUUAUGAAUGUUGUUGCGAACGCGCACUCAAUGGAAACUGUUUCUUACAGUCACGAGCAUAAUGACCAAUAACUCAAUGUAUAGGAAGAUAUGGCGUGAUAUUUUAUUGCUACUACAUUGCUAUUGUUGCAAUGUUUGCGUGUACUGAACGACAAGUUAUUACCGAUUAACUUUUACUGUGCACGCAAUAUUUGAAUAAUUUUACCAGAUUUCUAACUUUAUUUUGUAAUUAAGCUCAACUCAUUGUCAAGAUUAUUUCAUCUUUCUUUGCGUGUAAAAUCAAACUUUUCUGGUAAUCGGGAACGUGCGAGCCCGCCACUGCACCUUUAAAAGACUGUUCUUUUUUUUAAAUUGCUAUCAAAAAUAUAUACCUGAAGUUUUGCAUACGACACCCAUUUUUUUUUACAUUUGUAUUCAGGUGUGGUGCAAAUAUAUUUAUUGUGCGCUUAAGGCCAUAAUUUUCAAAUAAUUUGGUUAGAACAAUUAGCAGCAGGGAGAAUUUUCGAGGACGGAUAGCUUUAAAUAAAGUAAUGGUUAUAAUUAUUAACUAGGUAAAGAGUGACCUGUGCGGUACCAUAAUUUUUUCUUUGAGUUUGGUUGCUGAAAGCCACAAAGCCCCACUCAACUUCAGCUUCUACUUAAACUGUAACCAGAACGGGGCCUCAUGUGCUGACCUGUGUUAUGCAAGGCUGAUAUUGGUGAACCUGCCAAUAUGAUAUAAGAGAAUGUGUUGAAGGAUAACAGGGUGACAUACCAGUCUCUUACAGCUUAGGUGCCUGUGGCUUUUAUGUGCGCAUGCGGGUUUUGCCAGUAAGCAAACGGUAAACGCCAAGUUGUUCUGAGACCUGCGUUACGCUACACGAAACUUUCGUCUUUCGUAGCAUUCCACUGCAAGUCGCUUGAGCCACAUUAUUUUCUAGCACCUGUGAUUGUACAUAAAUCUAAACAGCGUGUAAUUGCUUCACGCGAUGAACUGUUACUAGUUGUGUCCUCGCCAUGCUUCGGCACAAUAUGAUUUUGUGUCUGCUAUUUAGUAUCUUUCUUUUUUCGGUAAUUAAGUUUUGUAAAAACGUUUAUCCGUUGUUUGUCUUGCAUGUGACGUAAUCUGUACUCAGCACUUUGUCCCUCUUCAGUAGUGCAGCUAACGAAUGCGUACGUUCUUGCCACGUAGACAUUGCCUUUUGUGGUGAUUGAAGUGUUAGUGCCCCCUUGAUUUUAUGUGUGCGUUUUGUGUGAAAUAGCCGAUUGCACAUGCUCAUUGGUCAGUUAAUAACCUAACGAUAAUCUUUCUGCGCAAUUGCAAGAUGAAGCAUGCGAGGUAUUUGACAUGGUACUCGCAAACAGCGCCGAUCUGUUGUCUUCCGGGUUUCACAAUCGUUGCAGAUUUUCACAUGUUACUCUGACGAAACUUACAAGGCCUAUAUCCUAAACAAAAGUGAUGACCCGUCACACAAAAGUAUUUGAGAGGAGAUAAACCAUAAGAACGACGUUCAAUAUUGAAUUGACAAAUGACUGCCAAAUCUAUUAGGAUUUUCACCCGGAGUUGCAAACAUUGUAAACUCCUAAGUCUCCAAAUAUCACACACCUAAACAAGAAUGACAAAGUAAAGGUCACCCAAUGAAAUAGUAAAGUUUUAAUGGUUGCUUCAGAAAAGUUAUUCCAAAGAAUUUGACGCUGCUGACUUUCUUAGUAAUGGGCAUUCUGGAAAGCUUGAAUUUGAAGUACAUGAGUUUUGAUGCCUCUUUUUCUUUGCUAAUGACAAGAAAGUGGCUGCAACCAAACUGCAGAAAAAAAGUCCCAGUAACUGUACAACUGGGUUGAGUUGCAGUUUCUUGCCAAGAUACACCGAAGCAAGGCUCUUGCCAAACUAUGAAAAUUUUUCACGGCAGGGACGUCACCAACGAGCACAAGCGCAGAAGCGACUAUGGUUAAACCGAAUGUUUCAAUUUGGGCCACAGUCCUUGCACUGCUUAACGCGUGAGGCUGCUGCUCUACGAAGAAGGGGCCAAAUUUGCCACUCACUGCCGCAAUGUUCACGAGCUUUAGCUGUUCAUUUCUUUCGAUGUUUAGAUGUUGUUCGUCAUGAUAAUCCCAUUUAUCUGUGUAAAAAAGCACAUCAUUCUUGUCUUGUUUCGUCUAGCCCAUGUGUGUGAUAGACACAGAGUGAAAUACACGUCAAAGAUUGAACACGGUUGAACGGAUGAAAGACUCAAGAUAGAGAGUGCGUGACCAAACAUCACUCGUUUGUUUCUGCACAGAGAGAGAAUUUAUUGCUUGG